AUGGCUAGUUUAAAUAUUUGUGUAUCUUGUAAACGUUCACUCAAUCCUCCUAAUGCCAGUUUUUGUUCACAGUGUGGAUCACCACAGUCUUUAUGGAAAUCGUGUAUGCAUUGUAAAGCACAACUUCCUCCUAAUGCUCUUUAUUGCAUCAAUUGUGGUUUGUUCCAAACACACCCACAAAAUCCAGAUUCUUCUACGAAAUUGUGUAUACACUGUAAAGUUCAAUUACCUCCUAACACUACUGUUUGCAAGGAAUGUGGCAAAAUUCAGAAAGUGCCGUGCAUACUUUGUAAGCGUCCAUUAUGGGUAAAUGCUCAGAAUUGUUCAAUUUGCUCAGCUGCACAAGAUCCAGCAGAAUUUAAGAAGCAAUCUUUCAAACAGUGCAACAAGUGUGGAGUUCAGUUGUUAUUAGAUGCACAGAUUUGUCAUUGCACAAGUUGCUAUGCUCAUCAAAAUAUUCCUAGUGACACCACUCUUCCUGCCCCUAAUGUUACAAUAAAUCUUGGUGUUGAAGAAUUAAUGGAAGAUAAAGUUGAUCCUUCUGAUGAUCAUAAAUCUAUUCCAGAGCUGCAACGGCAAAGUAACCAACCGAAACAAGAGCAAUGUGAAUCUCAGCAAGAUGAUUCAAUGGAUACUAGCAUCAUUCCAGGAAAGAAAAUAGUUGGCCCUCUAAAACGUUCUGCGCAUGGUGACGAUGGAAAUGAAUCUGAUGACAAGAACAAGAAAUUGAAAACAUCUGAUGCAGCAGCUGCCACUUGUGGAGCUGUUGUACAGCAAAAAGUUAGCACAUAUGGUAUUGUAGGAGAAAGUGAUCAUCAGUCAACAAUCACUGAUACUCGAAAAAGGAAACAGGCUGAUCAUAAUGACUCACAAGGUUCUCAGUUUUCCCCUCCUCUUGCUAAGAAAGUUGAAGAUGGCUCACAUGUUACUCGGACACAAGUAGAUAGAGAUCCAAAAGAGAUUGACGUUGAAGAAAAAAGCUUUCAGACUAUAAUAUAUGUGCAAGCUGAUCCAAACAAAGAGAAAUGCAAUAAUGAAAUGACAAGAGAAAAGAAUGAACAUGGACAAGAGAAUCCAUUAGCAAAAAUGUCAUUGUCCGACAAGCAAGAAAUUACCAAUCAAACAGAUUCAUCAGGAAACACUGAUUUAAUGGGAACUCCUUCAACACCUAAUAGAUCCUCACUGCCAACCCUAGUUACUACUCCUAUUGUCUCCUCCGUUGAUUCUGUUUCUUCAUCCACUUCUGCUACUCUGCCUCCUAAUUUGUCUCUUCCUCUUACUUCAUCUCCAUCUACUGAUACUUCCGUUACUUCAAUUCUUGCAUCUGUUACUUCACUUUCAGAGUCUGAUAAUGGUACUUCUCAAUCAUCUCCUACAUUUGUAACUUCAUCUUUAACUAUUACUACUCCAGCUUUAUCUUCUGCUCCUGUUACUUCAUCUUCUGUUACAGCUAUUAAUCCAUCUCCUGUACCUGCCAAUUCGUCUCCUACUUCUGCUACUCCAUCUACUAAUUCGUCUCCUACUACCAUUACUUUGUCUGUUGCUUCAUCUAAUUCAGCUCUUGUUCUUGUUUCCACUUCAUCUCCUAACCCUGUUACUUCAACUUCUGCUGAUGCAACUCCAUCCCCUAAUCCAUCUUCUGAUGCUAGUUCUACUUCAAGUCCUCCUAUAGCAAGUCAUAAUGGUAAAGGUUCUUUGGAAUCUGGUGAUGUACUAAAUGAUAAGACAGAUCUAGUUCUUAGUGAUAGACCAAUUGAGCCUGUUGUUGAUCCUCAUCAACCCAAAGCUAAAGCUAGCAAAGGUGAAAAUGAAGGGGAAAGGGAUAAAGGAAGUAAAGUAGAUAAACAAACAGAUCAAUCUGAAAAGAAACCAAAAGAUUCUAAGAGUAAGCAGAAAGAGCCAAGCCAUCCAGUUCCUAACCCACCCAAGACUGCCCUUUGUGUGUUGAAUCCACCUAAAGAAAAAUCAAUGAAAAUAAUAUUUUGUGCUGUAAUUCACCUGAACAGUUGGCAUUAUGAGCAAGGAAAGUCUUCAAUUUAUUUAAGAUUUGGUCACAGAGAAUUAGGGGAUUGGAAAAUUGACAUUGGUCCUUGUGAUUUAGUAAGUAUUAGGAUACUUGCCUAA